AUGUCUGACAAUGUCAUGAUGACACCUUUGUUCCAUCAAAGAUCGCACUCUAUGCCAGUGGGUCGUACGUUUAUAAACGGAAACCCAGUAAUCACUCACGGCAAUGUUGUUGUGGACGGCGGUGCCCCUCGCACAUUUGACUACAAAAGGUCAUCUCCAUUGAAGCAAGAAGCUACGUCGCAUGCCACCUCCAGCAGCAACCAGCUCACUACAAGCGAGGGAUUUCCUCUGCCCAUCCCCAAAUCACUCACCUCGCAAUUCCGUGCGUCUCCUUUAAAUCAGUCCGCAGCAGCCACUCAUCACAACCACUCUAAAGACGCUCAACAUGACCACGCCACCGCUGCAGACGAUGAAGAAGAGGAUCCUGCCUUUUUUUGUCAGCCAAGGAAUCUGUUGACCCUGUUUGAUUAUCACAAGAAAACUGGCAAUUGCCCCGUCAUCCUAAAUUGCAAAAUGGAUCGAGGUUUUUUCGUAUCUCAAUCACACUGGACAUGCUACCGUCGAAACUACUUUCAAGUUACAGCCUCUCUCACCAUUCCAGGCCAUUCAGAUCAAACCUAUUAUGCAUUACAGCUGAAAUCAGCAACAGUAGAGAAUCGACCUAUCCAGCAGUUCUUUCUUCGUCUCAAAGCCUGCACUUCUAAUACCAGCAAUCCAAAUGAAUCUAGCAACGAAAGCAACAACAGCAGCAAUGCCACUGCUCGGCCUGUUGCGUUGACUCAAAUGACACCAAAACGUGAUAAAGGACCUCAAAGAGAGCCCCCUACAAUACCAAUUACCCCUUCUGAUAGCGUGUAUGGCAACGAGCAAGUUUGUGUUACAUUUGAACGGCUGCAGUUCAGAGUGGCAACUGCAAAUAAUGGAAAACGUAGAGCAUCACAGCAGUAUUUCCGUUUGAUAUUUGAGUUGGUUGCUCAAUUGGAUGAUGCGUCUCAGCAUGUGGUCACUGAAUGCUACUCGUCGCCAUUGGUAGUCAGGGGUCGUAGUCCUGGUCAUUACAGCUCAGAGCCUCAGCGUGAUGUGAGAAAGAAGAGAAGGUUGACACCACCACCAGCACCAACAGCAUCACUAUCAAAGAAGCAGGUCAAGAAGGAAGUGUCUUGUUCUCCAAACAAGCACCAUACGGCUACAUCGCGUGCUGCACAUCCAGCCACGACACCACCCACCCCAUCCUCUGCUGUGCCUGUACCUGUACCUCAACCUCAACAGGAGCAGCAGCAUUAUCAACAUGUUGUCACACUGCCUCCUCCUCAAUAUGUCUAUAACCCACCCUCAUUGGUAGUAGAUACGCAAAGACAACCAAGCAACGAAAACACCUCUUCCUCGUCAUCUGUGCCCACUUCAGCCAAUUCACCCGUAUCCUAUCAUGCACAUCAACAUCACCAGCAGCAACAGCAGCAGCAGAUGAUGCCACAUUUGAUGAAUUCAGCAUUCAACAACAUUCAUGCUCGUUCUCAGAGUGCUAAUGAUUCGGAAAUGUAUGCCAGACAUCGCCAGGGAUUCAAGUAUCAGUCCAUGGUGAAUCAGCAUCAUCAUCAACAACAGCAGCAAGGUCAACAACAAAAUGGUAUGUUUGAUAGCUACAGUGAAGCCAAUAUUGAAAGAGCCCUAAGAGAUUGGCAGCAGCAAGUGCAUCAUCAGAGAACGGACUCUGCUGCUACAUUUGAUUCUUACAUGUCUUCCUCUAAUGAGCAUGACAACAGAUCAAGUACAAGACCAGGCACACCUAUUCCUUACCAUGCUCAACAACAACAGCAGCAGCAAUAUUACAGUCAACCUCCAAAUAGUAGUUGGUCUCCUGCUGCUGUUCAUCCUCCUCCUCCUCCUCUUCCUCCAUCUGCUGCUCCACUUGGUCGCCAUCAUUACGAAGAAAAAUACCAUCCACAACAACAGCAAGAGCUCUCACCUAAAUUGUAUCAACAAUCCAGAUAA